AUGGUAAAGCCUCUAACCUUCAAAGGCGACAAGCCCAAAAAACGCAAACACACCUCCACAUCAACCUCCACCGAUCCCUCCCAUCCAGCCAAAAAACAAUCCACAUCAACCAGCACCCCAACCGCCAAUGAAGCCGAAGACCCCUCAACCCACGAUGAACACACCCUCUCCGAUCAAUCCUGGGUCUCCGCCGACACAAGCAGCGACAUCUCCGGCCCAAUCCUGCUCAUCCUCCGCACCACACCACCCACCUGCCUCGCGACCGACGCGCACGGCACCGUCUUCGCCUCUGCGCUCGAGAACAUGAUCGAGGGGGAUCCCCGGACCGCGGAACCCCAUGAUGUGCGACAGGUUUGGAUUGCGAGUAAGAUUGCUGGCAUUGAGGGGUGGAGUUUGAAGGGAUCAAACGGGCGAUACUUGACUAGCGACAAGCACGGCAUCUUGUCCGCCAAUGCAUCGGCUAUUUCGCAGCACGAGAUAUAUACGAUUAGUGAGAGUGGGGCGGGGGGAGGAGGGUUCUUUGUCUUUGGGACCGGGACGGGAGCGUCUUCUGCUUCGCAGGGGGGUGAUGGCGUGGAUGAUAAGGAGAAGAAGGAAAAGAAGCAGACGUAUCUUGUUGCGCGGACUGUUGCGUCGAAGACGACUGCUUCGGGGACGAAGGUUGAAAUUCGUGGGGAUGAGACUACUCUUGAUGAUGGGGAGGAGGAUGGGGGAGGGACGAAUAUUCGUGUGCGCAUGCAGGCGCGCUUCAAACCGCGCAUCCAAGCGAGUAAGGAGAUCAAGGCGCGGGAGAAGAUCGGGAGAAAGGAGUUGGAGGGUAUUGUGGGGAGACGGUUGGAUGAUGAUGAAGUCAAGAGGUUGAGGAAGGCGAGGAAGGAGGGCGAUUUUCAUGAGGUCGUGUUGGAUGUUAGAGUGAGAGGGAAACAUGAUAAGUUUGCUUGA